AAGUAUAGCUAUAAGUACUGUGUUUUAAAUCAUAGCCCCCGGCGGUCAAAUGGGUAAGGGAGGGGCAUUUACAAAAAUCAGGUUAUUAUCAUCGUUAAACUUCAUCGGAAGCUAAGUUACCGAUGAAGAUUACAAAUGCGGUAAACUGGAUCCGUUUUCGCCUCCAAUCUGGACGCACAACUGUCAAGAACAUCAGAAGCAAAGAGUUCACUGGAUUCCGGUUUCAGUAUAUUAACAGUGUUUUUAUUGUUUUAUAUAAACUAUAUUUUGCCAUUUCACUCAAUUUUUCGAGUUGUUUCAUCUCUUUUAUUGCUGACAUUCAGCAAUUGCUUUGGAAUCAUUUACAUUCGUCGUUUUCAUCUUUUCAUUGAUUGCUUGGAUUCUAUUACGUUUUUCUCUUUUUGAGAGUCCGUUCUUUCUUCUAAUCGGUUUGUUUUACAUCAAGUUUUGUUUCAAAGUCUGUUUCCAAAAUGUAUCUAGAUGCAGAAGCCUUGGCAGAGGCUCCGUUUCGUAAGCAAGAGAACUCUUCUGAAUCCACUAAUUCACAACAGCAACCUGUCUCAUCUGUAUCUUCAAAUGUACAAGAGAGUCAUCCGGCUACCUCCGCUCCUAAUCCUCCAAACCGUGAGCCCAAUGGCGUACUGUCGACAUCUGUUUCCAGUUCCCAUAAAACUUAUCGGGAUCAUGGCAAUGAUGGUCGCUUAACACCUCCUCCUGUUUCAAUGGGCUAUCGCUACAGCGAAAGCAGAUCUCGCCCAGCUCAUUCAUCAGAUGAACGUGAAGUGGAGCGACCUCGCCGUUCUACUCACCGUACCUCAAGUCCAGUUUCCAGAAGAGGUAGUUCUUACUCACGAUCUCCUUCUCCAGGAACUACCCGUCGCUAUCGCUCUCCUGAUGGCGUGCGCGAUAGAAGCCCUCGAUCACGUAGGCGGUACUCGCGCAGCGAUCGUUCUUAUCGCCGAUACGAGGAAAGCUCUCAGAGUCCUCCUCGCUAUUCUAGCAGGCGCAAUCGUUACCGCGAAGAGCAUCGUCCUCGUCGACGGGAUGACGACGACGAGCAUGAGCGCCGAAGUCGCCGUCGUGAUCGCAGUAGAGGAAGAACUCGGGCUCGUGAUCCCUCUCCCAUAAAUGAUGACGACCUUGAUAGACGUACCGUUUUUGUUUCUCAAUUAGCAAAUAGAUUAACUACUAGGGAAUUAUACGACUUUUUCGAAAAUGCCGGUCCUGUUCGUGAUGCUCAGAUCGUCCGAGACAAAGUUAGCGGCCGCUCCAAAGGUGUUGCAUAUGUAGAAUUUCGGGACGAGGACUCUGUUCAGCAUGCGCUUUCUCUCUCAGGAAAGCGUCUUUUAGGUAUUCCUGUCAUUGUUCAGCUCACAGAAGCCGAGAAAAACCGUAAAGCUCGCGAAGCAGCAGAGACGACACGGGCAGCAAAUGCGGAAAUUCCUUUUCACAGAUUAUGUAUUGCUAAUAUUCACUUCAACCUUAGUGAUGAAGAUGUAAAAGCCAUUUUCGAGCCGUUUGGUGAGAUUGAACUUGUUCGUUUGCAGCGAGAUGACCAAAAUAGAAGCAAAGGUUUUGGCUAUAUACAAUACCGAGAUCCAAAGUGUGCACGAAAUGCGCUUGAAAAAAUGAAUGGGUUUGAUUUAGCUGGAAGAAACAUGCGGGUUUGUUUAGGCAAUGAUAAGUUUACUACGGAAACAACUAGUUCCAUGUUGAGACGAUUUGAUGACAUGAUGAAUCGAACUGAACACUCUCAUUCUCGUCAAGGACGGGGACGCCAGACUUCCUUCUCAACAUCUAGGGCUUUGUCUCCAGAAGCAGAACCUUUGUCUCCUAGUGAUGAGGAGGGUCGUACAAUUUCACGUGACGAGCUUAUGAAAAAGCUUGCACGAACUGAUGAUACUACCCCUGUCCCAAUGACGGAAGUUCAGCCCGAUCCAAGCCGAUAUCGAUCUGUUAUUCUGAAAAAUAUGUUUGAUCCUAAAGAGGAAACUUCUGCUACAUGGGUAGAGGAACUUGAACAAGACGUUCGUGAAGAAUGUGAAAAUAAAUAUGGAAGAGUAAUGCACAUCACCGUAGUACCAACUGAUGCCGGUGAAAUCUUUGUCAAGUUUAAGACACCCGAAGAAUGUGAAAAAGCAGUUCUUGGUCUUCACCAGAGAUGGUUUGGUGGCCGCAAUAUUAUAGCCUCCAAAAUUUCUGAGGCUGAUUAUAAUGUCAGGUUUCCUGAUGCUAAACAUGUUUAGGUGGUCAAUACCCUGUUUGGACAGUGAACAAAAGUCGCUAUAUAAUGAUUGAAGAGCAUGAAAUUUACGAAGUGGUCUUAAACGUGAUGAAAGGAGAAUAAUAUAUUAAAAGACUAAUCAAACGCUACUUUGUCUUUUUGGUGCGGAUAAAGAAUAGACAUACAUAGUCAAAGCCGUCGUUGUUUACACUAUAAUUUAGAAAACUAAUAAAUAGAAUAUACGUUUGAAAU